AAACAAUACAGCGUCUAAGGAAAAUACUGAUCUUGCCUAGUAUUCGCCGCUAGUUCCCAGACACAACCCCGCAGAGCUAAUCACCGUACCAGUACCUCUGUUCCUGUUUUUCUCUCAUUUGUUUCUAAAUCUCUUGUUUAUACCACACCAAUUCGAAACACAAUCUGAAACUUGUCCCAUCUCUCUCAAGAAUCAUAAUUAUACACACAUCUGUGUGUUUCAUAUCAAUCACUAUCGAGAUCUCGCUAGAUUUUUACACUGACCAAGAAUGAUAUCAAACUGAGUUGUUGCUGAUGCUAAACUAGUUAUGGUAAGAAAGUGUAGAAUUUGGUGGCCCACCCAUCUUUCAACUGACCCAACUCACUCUUCAACACUCUUGUUUGGUUGGUUUCUUGAAUCCCCCUCCUCGGACUUGUUAGAUGUUGUUGUUGCUUUUGGAUGUACUCAUACUAAUGUUCACUCCUCCAAGCUUCAGGAAAUCAUACAUCGGACAAAUGAAAGGAUGCCAAUGGGACUACAAGAUAAUUGUAAGCUUACUAUGAUUGGUUGUUGUCAAGCAAAUUUCCAGGGCGAUGGCAAAUCGAUAGCUUCUGUAGCCGAAACAAACAAUGGCGUUGACUCUGUUAAUGGCAUUGUACAUUCGAAGAAAGGUCAAAAAAGAUUAAAGACGAAGAAGAAAAAAAAUAUGUUGGAACUUAAUAGACGGGUGUCUAUCAAAAAUAAAAACUGGAUCCAGCUUGUAUAUGACUUUUCAGAAUAUGUUGGUAAAAGAAUAUACUGGAUUCCCAAACUGCAGCAUAUAAAAUGGGACGGUAUGACAGUACCCGAUCUUCAUCUCCACGUGAUAGCAUAUGAAACUCCUAAAUAUGGUGGUCACCAUUUCUCGUUGGGUUCUUAUAGUACUUCUGAGCAUACAAAGAGCACUAUUAAAAAACCCAUGUGGGUUGAAGACCUUCAUGAAAAGCAGACGCUUCCUGACUUGGAUACGGCUAUCUUGGCAAUUAAUAGUGCUGCUGCUGCCAAAUCACUCUUUGAGGAACUUGUGCUUCCUAGUGUAUCGACAGCUCGAUUGUGCAGCCUGUACAUGUUUCUUGCCUUAACAUGGAGACUUUUUGCCAUUUCUGUAGCUUCAUUGUCCACUUUAAUCUAUGUUGUUCUUCAGUUUAUCCGGAUUUUGCUUAGUUGUGGAUCAAAGUCAUGUAUACAUAUCAUAUCAACAAAGUUAUUCAGCCGUACGUAUAAGAAUGUUCAGUUUCGCUGUUGUCAAAUAUUGUACUGGCCUAUAUUUCUUCAAAAUAGUGCUCACAGGUCUACAUCAUGCGUGGAGUAUGCAGAAAAAGCUGCACUACGGAAACAUUCAAUGUGGUCAAAUCUUGCGGUUGAUGUUCUUUUUGGAAACAUUCUCGGUGUUUUAAUGCUGAGUCAUUCAGGAUCUGUUACCAGUUGGACUUUAAAAUUGUUCGCUAACAUUACUAACUAUGUAUUGCGUAUGGGUUGCGUGUCUUUGAUGGGAAACCCAGCGGGUUUUAAGUUAAACAAUGAGCUAGCUAUUGUUCUAGGCAUGCUUUCUCUAAACGCAAUACAAGUCUGGUCUACAAUCUGUUUUUUCAUGAGCUCCUACUUCCUAUAUUUCAUCAGAGGGGUUGCAAUAUGCGGAAUUCUCUUUGGUCUAACCACAUCUGCUGCGCUAAUCGUAGACUUCAUCACAUUUGCAACAAUACAUGUGCGGUGUCUUCAUUGGUUGAUCUCGCUUAUAUUUUCACAUCAGCUACAAGCUGUAGCUGCUUUGUGGCGUCUCUUCAGGGAUCAGAAGUUGAAUCCUCUUCGUCAGAGGUUAGAUAGUUAUGAUUAUACAGUGGAUCAGCAUGUUGUCGGCUCUCUCCUGUUUACCCCGGUGUUACUUCUGCUGCCCACUAGCUCUGCUUUUUAUAUUUUCUUUGCCUUGAUGGGCACAACUGUCAGUUUUGUUUGCAUCUUCAUCGAGCUUGCUAUAUCUGCCAUUCAUGCCACACCUUAUACAAAAGUGUUCCUCUGGAUAUUAAUGCCAAGAAGAUUCCCUUCUGGAUUAUGGGUUGAAAUUGUGCGUUGUCAGAGUGAUGCUGUUAAUGGUUUGGAGACUGGAGCAGUUGGCAAUUUGGUAUUGUUUCUUCACAGCAGCUGCUUAAAUAUAUGGCAAGUAGUCUUUCCUCAUUAUAAAUUCCUAUUCUCUGCUGUUUCAAGAGUGUCUUUUGCUACAUCAAUGUAUGGAAUUUUAAUUGGACGAAGUUUGCCUUCUGCAAUGAACAAUUUUUCAUCCUCGCUGACUCGCUUACCUAUGACAUUGCCCUGGAUGUCCAUCCCUUGCCAGGAGUAUUGGAAGCUUUGCUAUGAUGCAGUGCUUGCACGCAAAGAGUGUACUUUGAACUAAUCUUUGUAAAUUGUUUUCAUUAGUUAGGUAUAUACUUUUUAGCUAUAGUCUAGGGCUGCUAGAGUUAGUGGUCGUAAUCGGUGCCAUUAGUGUCAUUCAGAUGUUGCAGACCACAAGUUUACAACUACUCUGUUAACUUUACUAUUCAGAUUUUGUAAUAUCAGUUCUUAGGAUGAUGUUUACUCCUU